AUGAGCGGUGGAAAACAUUUGGCCAAAGGUUCUCCAAAACCCGAACUCCCCGAUGAUGGUAAAUUGCGUUUGUACUCGAUGCGUUUCUGCCCCUAUGCCCACCGCGUUCAUUUAGUUUUGGACGCCAAGAAAAUUCCCUAUCACAGCAUUUUCAUUAAUCUCAACGAGAAACCAGAAUGGUUGACUGAAUACAGCCCCUUGGGUAAAGUACCCGCACUCCAACUGACCGAGGAAGAGGGUAAACCGGCAUUAAUAGAAUCGCUAGUUAUUGCCGAAUAUUUGGAUGAAAAAUAUCCUGAACCCAAACUCUUUCCAAGUGAUCCUUUAAAAAAGGCUCAGGAUAAGAUUUUGAUUGAACGCUUCAAUGCUGUGGUUGGACCAAUGUAUAAAAUUUUUGUCAAUACUGAAGUGUCGCCGGGCACGAUUACUGAUGUCAGUACCGGUUUGGAUAUAUACGAAAAGGAAUUGCGGGCACGUGGCACUCCGUUCUUUGGUGGCGAUAAGCCCGGCAUGUUGGACUAUAUGAUUUGGCCAUGGUGUGAACGUUCGGCUAUGUUGAAAUAUUUGCUAAGUGAUAAAUAUGAAAUGGAUAAGGAGCGUUUUGAGAAGUUGCUCCAAUGGCGUGAUCUUAUGGAAAAAGAUGAAGCCGUUAAAUGUUUCUAUUUGGAUGGUGAGACCCAUGCUAAAUUUAUGAAGACUCGUCGUGAAGGAGAACCCAACUAUGAUAUGCUUGUUGUAAAUCCCUGUAAACGGCAACGCACUUGCUAAGCAGCUUAUACCUUUCCUGACU